AUGUCCGAGUUCUUUGGUGCUGUUAAUGCAUGCGGUGUUUUCAAGUGCUUGACGCUUGUUACGUACACCUUAGCAUUCAUAAGUGAAGUUUAUCUGGGUCAAGAGCCUCCAUUCCCUGUCGAGUUAGGCGGUCGCAUCCGCUUUCGAAUAUCGCCCAGAAGCGGUAACGCCUACGAUGAUAGCGGUGGUUUUAGCAUCUUCCUUGACAGCAAAGUCAUUGGGUCUUGGAGCCCUGAAUGUCGAUCCUAUCUGGACAAUCUGGAUUCUCUUGUCUCUUGUGAAGUCGCGGAGGGUCCUCUUCUCCACUUCUUUUUCACUCCAAAACGGGAGAAUUUCGGUCAACACAUCCUUAUGAUCUUUUACCCUAAUUCUGGUGCUAGUUUUGCACAGUCUGGUCAGAUUCUGCUAAAUACUACUGUCCAGCUAACCAAACAACCGACCUUUCUGAACAUAACAAUCACUCUGGAACGCGAGCCCGACUAUGUACGCCUUGCUCCUGGUGAACUAAAUCUCUCCCCGCCUACCUUUCUCGACGGUUCCAUGGCUAAGGUGGAAUGCAAAACAGAUGGUGCGUUACCACCCCAGGCCAUUUCCUUCAGGAUCGUUUGCAACAAACCACCACGGGCAGCUGUUGAACAAGAGCGCCAGGCGAAGGCCCAACUCGGCUACCCCUACGAAAUCAGCUAUAGUUUUUACCACUUCCGUUCUCCGCCGACUGAUGAGGAACUGGCUGAGAGUAUGGCUAUUGGUUAUGCACAGGGGAUUCUGGAUGAAGCGAGAAUUGCACGGAGUCAGGACAAUCUGACACUUUCAGCGUCUUUGCCAAUCAAUUCGAAGGCGCAUGGUUGCAGUCUCUAUUGUCGGCUGAUGAGCAAGGAGGAGCAGAUCCAGCUGACUGUCUACUAUCAAACAACUGUCGCGUACAUCCUACCUCCACCAACAGACGGUCUAAUGCGUGUCGGCAGUUCCAUGACUUGCCAUGCCGAUGGAUUUCCCGAGCCGACAAUUACUCUCUCCCUUCGUCAGCCCAUGCGUCAGUAUCAUCGUCGACCGAUAAUUGAUCUAAAGGACUAUCAGGUCACCACCAGUCCUGUUCCCCCCGUGGAACAGUUUGUGGACACCUCGGAUAUCGCGGCAGCCGCCAGAAUCGGUCUUCGACCAGACGAAUACACGAUAAGGGGACCCAGGUUCACUUUAGCAUAUAAUGCAACUCCAGGCGUGGAAUUGUUGCUUGUAUGCACAGCGGGCAAUGCUUUGCCGAACGCGUUGGACUUUUUGGGAUAUAACAAAACCAUUGCGAUGACGCGAUUCACUGUAGCCGCCAUCUCCUACAGCAGCAUUGGAAUUGUCAUUGGGAUCUGCAUGGCAAUCCUCCUCUGCGCCAUCAUCAUAAUCCUCCUCAUGGUGUACCUUCGGCGGAAGCAGAAGUACGCCUCUAACGCCAUCCAGACUCGGAAUUCGGUGGCCAAUCCAGAUGGUGCAAAUGGCACAAAAGUUGGUGGUGUUUCUGGACAUGGAAAACAAGGUCCGAUGUCUGGGUCGGGUGACUACGCCUCAGGAUCAAAGACCAACAGAAGGUAUCCCGAAAUUCGAUCCUCCGUCGUAGCCCAUACCGAAUCACCUCAUCGCGGCCUGCUCUCGCGUUCACCACCGCCUCUACAAAAUCCAUCCACCACCACCACGGAUGGCGUGGAGUAUGCCGAGUUAACCUUCUCUUCGACCUCGGAAGAUCGCGGGACCUCUAAUGGUGGCAAGCGGGGGGUCCAAGUUGCUGCAGCGUCCUCCACGCUCGGUCGAAGGGGCUCAGCGGGUCGGCCGAGGAGGGAUCCAUUGCCUGGUCCACCCUCCGCAUCUAUGCAGCAACUGCCACGAUCGCACACGCAGGGGAGCGAGGAUGGGGAGGGAAAUUACACGGAGAUAAUCGGAGUGCUACAACCAAAGGCAUACACGAGUCAGUUGGUGUUGAAACAGCAGCAGGAGGCCACUCAGGCCAUCCUCGGCAUGCAUGCCAACGCCCCCUCAAUAAUUGCCUACAGUGUUGUUCGCAUUAACGGAGCUAGCAAGUUUAUAGGCACUGGCGUUAGAGAGCGAAGUGAAGCCUCAAAAAAAUUGGCCAAAUCUUACUACCCGUUUGUUUGUGCGGAUAAGAGGAAUCUGGCCAGGUCAAUUGUUGACCUCCAGGCCAGUUUUGAAGUGGCCUUCAGUGCUCUGGAGGAUAUUGAACGGACCGGAGGGGAUGUUGAAAGUCUUCACUAUGCAAUCUAUGGACUGGAGGAGGCCCUUUCUCGUGCACUUACUGAACUCAUUGUUAUUCGCGACGAAGUUCACACUCUGACCUUGGCUCUGAAGCAGAGUGAACAAUUCAACCUCAAACUCUAUGAACAACUUGUAAAUUUGGAUCACGAAGCCACCGAUGGCAUUGAGAGCAGUCAGCAGACGCUAAAUGCCUCCAGAUGCAUGACCAAUAAGUACCGCAUUCCACAGACUACCAAAGAGGCUCUAGGUCGAGCUUGGAUUCGCGAUAAUGCAGAAAAAGCGCAUGGUGAUGUAACCAUCACCUCGCUUCUCUCAUCUCAACAAGCUUCUAACGAGUUUCACAGUUGGGUCUGUCGAAUUCAACGCGAUUUAUCCCGUCGUCAUGCUGAAUUCAGCUUCCUAAUGUUGGGUUUAUGGACCGAGGAGGUGUGUUCCAACUUCAACCUCACGGAGGAUAAUUCCGGCGACGAAGAAAUUGGAUGCUUUCGUCGAAAGAGUCACAAGAGUGAAAGCCCUAGUGAAGAGGUUUCUCGACGUCGAGAGGCUGCCAUGCGAUCUCUCCUCCUAACUCGUCAUAUCAAGAUUGAUGAUACGUCCGCCACUCUGGGAUUGAUUCAAUCUAAGGUGCAAGAGCUGGGCGAUGAAGUCUUCACCGAGCUGCGACGCAGACGAGAGAGCUUGGAGGAGGCAAGGUCCCUUCAUCGAACAUUGAACGACCAACUGAGUGGUCGUCGAAACCAGUUGGUGGAGAGCCUUUUAGCCACACACCAGGCAGUACAAACCUUGUUGGAAAUGGACGAACAAAAUGACGGAUUGGUGGGAAAGUUGAUCAAGACGCGUCCACUCUUUUCCGAACUGCAAGAAGCUGUGGUUAAAGGCAGUGGUAGUGGUGGUGCUGGUGGUGAAGCGCAAACAGCACACCUCUCUCUCUGGCGUAUCAUCACCAUUAUUUCCGCUACCCUGAUUGUCGCCUGA